AAAUACUUCAGCUUAAAAAAGAUAAGAUGACAGAAGAACGAAGAAUUAAUGAAGAAUUAGCUUCUUUAUUACAAGAAUUUGGCGAUUUAAAAGUUAAAUACCACGAAGAGAAAGAAAAAAAUGAUGCAAUUGAAUUGGAAAUCGAAUCGAAAAUUGUCACAAAAUAUGAUUCAUUAAUUAGUGAACUCAAAUGGCAAAAUGAUCAAUAUGAAGGAGAACUUAGAUCGAUAAAAUUUGAGAAAGAACAAUAUGAGGAAUCUUCAAACCGUAAAAUUCAAAUACUUCAAAAAAAAGUUGAAACGCUUACGAAUAAUUACAAUAAUAUGAAAAAGCGACGGAAUUACGAUUUUGAAGGAUUUUCCAAUGACAUCGCUACGUUGAGAAAACAGCUUAAAGGAUUGGAAAAACAAAUAUUGAAAUAUGCCCCAUAUGAUGAUCGGGAGUACCGUUUAAUGAAUAUAGCCAAAGAAAAUGAAAGGCAAAUAGAUAAAGUUUCAAGUGAACUACGAAUGUUGAAGGCUCCAUUAAUAGCAGAAAAGGAAGAAAGUGAAUGGGGUUUUAAUUCAUGUUUUUCUCGAUAGCAUUUGUAAUUAAACAAACUCGAUGUCAAUUAUUUUUAUAAAUAAAAAUUAGUUAAAUGCAAUAAUUUAGUCGUG